UGGAUUUUGUCUUUACUUGAAGUUGAUUGGAAUUGAAAAAAAUACCGUAUUGUUAGAUCUUAUUCAAUCCCGAAAAGCAAACCGGAUGUUCCAAUCGUGAUCGUAGACCUGUUCAAAUUUAAAUUGAGCUAGGUUUAUCAUCCGAAAUCUAAAGACCAUGUUGGGCAAUGUUGCAGAGCCAGUACUACGUAUGUAUAUCAGAAAAAAUAUUAAUAAUCGUCAAUUAACUACGGAACUAUAUAAAUAGAAUCACAUGUCAUCUUUUCGUUGAUCGCAGUCGACGAUUUUGAAUAAUUCGUGGCGGUACCUACUUACAUACAAUGUUUCAUAAUGCCCGCCUUGGCUGUUGGUAAUUUGAAUACAUCGAGCUGCUGUCACCCAUCUGUCGAAAUGGAUGACCGGUGAGACAUUUAUUUAUAGUUUUCAACCCACAAAGAACUCUAUAUUAGCUCAUGUAUUAGCUACGAAUCUUUGUAUGCAACCUAUCAUUGUAAAAAAAUAAUACUCUUGUGUCAAACAUAAAAGUGCAAGACUAAUAAAGGAAACAAACAGAAGAAACGAAUUAGAAGAAUUCAUAGUACAACAUAGCCACCAACCAUGCCUUUAUCUUUCUCAAUAAUCAAUAUAAUAGAUUUCCUGCUCGGUGCUGUUUAGCAAUGAUUUAAUCAAAAAAUAUUUUGGCUGAAAACGAGUACUCAGAACCUUCCUUCUACAAACCAACCUCAAAAGAUGUCACCUGGCAUCAAUGAUGGUCCUCGGUACACAGGUACCGUUCCAAAAAGUAAUAGAAGAAAUGAUAGAAACAGAGAAGGAUCUAAUAGUAAUCAGACAACCAGAUCAAUGGAUCCCAGGGAUGUUUUACAUCAACCGAACAAUUUGCUUGAUUGGCAUCUGGUCACUGAUCCACAACGUACUGAAAAAAACAGCAAUACUCGAUCAACUUCAUCUGCACCAUCUAUUGGUUACCAAGACUUUGCAGAAUUUGACUGUGGUGGACAGCAACGUAACUACAUUUUCGAAGAACGUUCUCAGUGGCAAAGAAUGGCACCGCCUGAUAGUCACACUCAAUCUCCUCCACCAUCAAUGCAAGGGAGCAAGCCCACAAAUGUAGAUAAAAUGCCAGAUCGAGUGCAAGUGGAAAGUCGGCUCAAUCAAAUUCGAGACUACAUUAGGGUAACUUCUACAAUGAUGGAUUCAUUGAGCCAUUCAAGUGACCCUCGUGCAAUAUCUCAACAUGAAAAGUUGUGUAAAAUGGUGGAGGAUCUUUAUGACAGUGAAACAAAAUUGGCUAAACUUCUAGAGACUUAUCAAAACCAAGGCAUCCCUGAUGAGUCCGGUGAUCAUCCUGAGGAAAGGUCGGACCACAUGAGGCGAUUUAGUGAUUUAAUGGAUGUCUUAACUUUGCAAGAAAGGUUCAUCCUGACUAACCCUAACUGCAUGAAUGGUGAUGGUGACAAUCAUGGCGAUGGUGGCAGGGAGGCUCAACUACAUCGCAAGGUCGAAGAAACUCAACGAAAGCUUGCACAGCUUCAAGAACAAGAAGCAUCUUUGUUAGGAAUGCAGUUACGAGCCAGAGAGAGAUUGAACGAAGCUCGUCAAGCUCAACAACUUUUCCUACAACAAGAACAGGCAAACAGUACCUGGGAAGGGUCCGAGAGGCAGCAGCAAGGUCAAGUACAACCAGAUCAACUUGAGUCUGAACAUGCUGCUCUAAGAGGAAAGUUGGUGCAACUGCAAAACAAAAAGAAACGUAUGGACCAUCUUGUUGCUGAAUUGCAAGCGGUGGAUUCUUUUGACCGUGGUAGCUGUAGCUCUGAGGGUUCACGAGCUGUGCCAAGGGAUAAAGUUGCUGAAUUAGAUGCAAUGAAAGCACAACUUGCACAUCUGAAAGCUUUGAUGGAAGAAGCUACGAGAGAUCGUAAUCUAUCAGAUUCUGAAGUCGAACCAGAGGCUGACGAAGAAGUUCAAGCAGAAGCGCUUGUUAAUAGCUCGCGUAAUUCAAUUGAUCGGCAAAGUGAUCCCGAUGAUUCACUUAGGAGAAAAUCUAGGAACUCUGUCGAAAAACCGUCUGUUGAUCAGAUUCAAGCUGUUACAAGAGAGCUUAGAGAGCAGUCAGUAUUGCUGCAAACCGCGCGUGCCGAAUUACAACGUCUAAAGCAGACAACACCGAUUCCUACCGUUACUAGUUCAACUCCACCUCCAUCGCUUCUAGGGCUAAAUAUUUCGGAGAAGAAACAAAGCAACCACAAUACGAAUAAUAACAGUAAUGAAGAUCGUAACGAGAUACAACUUGCUCAGGCUAAAAGACGUCAAUUAGAAGAAUUAAUGCGCAAGGAACAGGGACAUUCAUCUAGUGUAAAUCAAGAUGUUAGUGGCGGAGAUUGGGGUGGUACUAGAGAAUCCAAUUCACAACUAAGCCAUACCAGUGUGGCAGCUAACUUGUGGCCACUGCCUACACCCGCUGGAUCUAAUGAACUAAGUGUGGAUGAUGUAUCAACAGCAGGGAAUUUGUUAGAUGGUGGGCCUAGUGGAAAUGCUGCAACAUUGAAUGGAAAUUGGUGGGGUAUCCCUCCGCCACUGGGAAUCAUUGAUCAACCACCACAAGGAGGAAUGGUGGGUACGGCUGAAUAUUAUCGACAAUUGUUAUUGGGCUCACAAGCUCAACAACUGCAAAUGAUGGGCAUGACUAUGCAACAGUGCUGUCAAUUGCUAUGGGCUCAACAACGAGAAUUGCAAUCGAUGCGUGCAGCAAUUGUUCAACUUCAACUACAGUUACGACAGCCCCAAGAGAUACGACAGCCAUCGCCAGCGCGACCGAAUAACAGUUACAGUAAUUCAGGAAUUAUUGGAGAUUAUUCGAACCUGAGCCGCGGUGUGUCUCAUAAUGGAAAUGCAGUAGACUCCACUUUACCACCAAGUUCUUCACUGCCGAAUCUCAUUGCCCUACCUACAUCUACACCUGCACCUAUUCCUGUACCCAAUCCUCCACAUCAUCAACAACAACAACAGUUAAACAACCAAGUUCCACCAGGAAAUAGAGCCAACAACUAUUGGGACAACUUUCGAAGCUACUCAAGGCAGAAUUUACUUUCCGUUAAUGGAAAGUCUGGAUUGGAUCGCAAUCCCCAUGCAACGCCCUGUGCUCUAGCUACAAAUACAGUUUCUACCGCACCAAGUACUGCAUCUGGAGGAGGAAGCAUUGCAGGGCUAACAUCUCGUAAAGACAAGCGCAACAGAGAACAUGGUUUGGAAAAUUUAUCAUUGCCAACGUUAUUGGCUACGCAAGACGUGCAGUACCCACAGCAUCUUCAACUACAAUCAAAUUUUCAACAACAAGAAACUAUACAUUCGCGAAGCAGUCUGAGCAAUGUAUUAGCUAACGAUACAACCCAGCAACAACCACAAUUUGUGGAUAACUAUUCCGAUGAACAGUCUGCUUGUACUCGUUUAUUACCAGCAAGUAAUGAUGGCCAAGUUUGGCUGCGUCAACUCAGCGAUGAAAUGAGCGAUGCCGUGGCUUCGUUAGUACUGGUCAAUACUUCAAGACCUGGCUAUCUGGUUCGAGUGUUGAGAGAGAUGAAAAUUAUCUGUGAAGACCACAGACUUCGACCGCGUCUGCUACGUUCGCUACAGGCUUUACGAGACUCGCAUUCACCCAACAAUCCUUUGGUUGGUUGGCUACAAAAUGAAACGACGGAUCAAACAGCAAGCGAAAGCUGUCAAUCCAGUGAUGAAGAUUCUGAUACAGGAACUCUGAAUAAUGUGGGAGCUAAUGCAGCAAGCCAAGCAACUGGGGCCUCUUCCUUACCAGCACCACCAUUACCUCCACCACCAUUACCCCUGCCGCUACCUCUGUUGCCAGUAGCAACAUCAUCGGAUAACGCGGUAGGGUUUCAAGCUGAAAGUCUGAGUAUAAAUGCAUCAAUAUCUGUAACCCCCGGUUAUAACGAAGAUUUGGCAGAGGCUGAUCAAUCUCGACCCGAAGCUGCCCACAAUCCUCAGAUUUCCAGUGAGGAGUACGGGGCUGGAGAACAUGGGGAUACGACAGCUUCAGCUAAUCCUUUGAUAGCUGAGUUGGUAGCGGAUUUGUUUGAAGGAGAGGCAGGAACAAACGAAGAUAGUGGACUUGAUAGAGUUCCUACUCGACUCUAUCAUCAGGCAGAUGAGUCUGCUUGAAUUGAGUAUGAAAAGAGCUUUUUCUCUUGCCGUAAUUGAACUCGUGAUAUUGGUGGUGCUGCUGCAUUUUUCAACUUAAUUUUAAUCCAUGUUAGUGUUUGAAAGCAUCAUACGUCGAAAUUGCGCGUUCAAGAAAUGAUGUAUAUUACAGUACCUUUGUUUCAUUUAAUCAUUCGUUUCUGUAAGCAACGAUUUCACUUUCCAUUAGCUUCGAAUCAUGAUUUCAAAUCUCUUUUUACUCAAGCCAGAUGAAUAUUUUGAUAUUGUUCCGAUGUUCCAUACUUCAAAUUAGCUACAAUAUCAUAAGCCCGUAAGUGUACUAGUUUCUUUACUCUUUCCAAGCUCACUAGCAAGUACUUAACAACUAAUAUUCUGGGGUGGCUGAAGUUAUUUAUACUACUAAAAAUAAACGUACGUAAGAAUAAUAACAGAUGAAUAAGUGACAUAAUGACCCAUGUGUGUUACAUACAAAAGUAAAUAUUUAUUCAUUUCAUACACAUAGUAACUUGUUACUCAAUAUUAUAUCAACUUCAAUCUCAUACAAUAAAUACUCGAUGAGUAUUAGUAUGUAUUCACGUAUGAACUAGUAGGAAAAAUAGAUGAAAAAAUGUUGAACAA